CUAUUUACAAGAAAAAAUGACAGAAAAAAUCAUAUUUAAAACGUCUAAAGUAAUAUUUAUAUUUAGUUUCAGUUUUAAAUGAUUUUUUACCGGCAUUUGUACUUCAACUUAAAAAGUGAUAAUGCGGAAUUAUAAUAAAGUAAUUACUGAUAAAGCGCAAUUUAUUUUAAUAAUAAAAAUAAAUUAUUAUUUAAAAUAUACCAUCUUAUGUUUUUCAAAAAUAAUAGUUUAAAAAUUAUUUUUUAAAAAAAAUUAUUGUUUUGGAACUUUAAUAUUUUAUAUAUAUAGUUUUUGAGAACUUUUAAAAAUUUACUUUAGUAGCUUUUAUUAAAAGUAUUUCCCCUUUAUUUUUUAGAGAGAGAAGAAAAACAAAUAUUUAUUUAAGCAGACGAAAAAGCCAAGCUUCCGUCGCUGGUUGGGCAACUCGAUCAUCUUCUACCUAACGCCACUAUCAAUCUUAUCAUUCUCCCGCUCUGAUCUUUAUCCUUUACGUAUGAUCUGUGCUUAAUUCUCCCAUACAUUUUGCCGUAUCGCUGCGCUUCGGGAGUGGUGAUCGGAAACCGAAACUCUCUUAACGAUGGCGGCGAAGACGGCAGCCAGAACAAAAAGCACACCGACGAAGGAAAACGGUGUGAGAGUGGAGGAAGGGCUGAGUAUGUUCAAGUCUGAUAAGUUCGAUGCUGACGCUUACGUUCAAUCCAAAUGUUCUAUCAACCAGAAGGAUAUAAAGCAGUUAUGCUCCUAUCUCUUGGAUUUGAAGAGAGCUUCUGCUGGAGAAAUGCGGCGCAGUGUUUACGCUAAUUAUCCAGCCUUUAUACGCACAUCGAAAGAGAUAUCGGAUUUGGAGGGGGAGCUAUCAUCUAUCAGAGAUCUUCUCUCCACUCAGGCCACUCUAAUUCACGCCUUAGCAAAUGGAGUCUACAUUGACGACGGCGAUAAACCAUGUGAUGGCUCUUUUGGAGACAAUGACCUCUCUGCUCUAGAGAAAUGGGCUGCAGAGUACCUUGACCAGCUUGAUGCUUUAUUAGCCGAAAGAAGAGUCGAUGAAGCUCUAACAGCUUUUGACGAGGGAGAAAUUUUGAUAUCUCAAGCAAACGAAAGCCACACUCUAAGCUCUUCUCUUCAGUUUGCUAUUUCCCAACGCAAGCGAAAAUUGGCUGACCAACUUGCCAAAGCUGCUUGUCAACCUUCGACUCGAGGCGGGGAGCUUCGCUCAGCAAUAACGGCUCUUAAAAGGCUUGGCGAUGGGCCUCGAGCCCAUACUGUGCUUCUUGAUGCCCAUUUCCAGAGAUAUCAAUACAACAUGCAGAGUCUUCGUCCAUCUAGCAAUGGAGUAGCGUACACUGCUGCUGCACUUUCUCAGCUUUUUUUCUCAGCUAUCUCUCACGCUUCCAGCGAUUCAUUGGGGAUCUUUGGGGAAGAGCCAGCGUAUAGCUCUGAGCUCGUGACUUGGGCUACUAAGCAAACAGAGGCGUUUUUUUUCCUUCUCGUUAAAAAGCAUGCGUUAGCUUCUUCUGGAGGACUAAGAGCCGCCGCAGAGUGUGCACAGAUAGCUCUUGGCCAUUGCUCUUUGUUGGAAGCUCGUGGUUUGUCCCUCUGCCCUGUGCUUUUAAAGCACUUUAAGCCUGUCGUGGAACAGGCUUUGGAGGCAAAUCUUAAGCGCAUUGAAGAUAACACUGCAGCUAUGGCUGCUGCAGAUGAUUGGGUGCUGACGUACCCUCCUGCUGGGAGUCGCCAUGUUAGUACGGCAUUUCAGAAUAAGCUUACAUCCAGUGCCCACCGCUUUAACCUGAUGGUCCAGGACUUCUUUGAGGAUGUAGGACCUCUUCUAAGUAUGCAGUUGGGAAGUAAAGCGCUCCAAGGGCUAUUUAGAGUGUUCAACUCAUAUGUAGAUGUGCUGAUUAGAGCACUUCCUGGUUCCAUAGAAGACGAAGAAGAGGCAAAUUUUGAAGGUUUUGGUAAUAAGAUUGUCCAAAUGGCUGAGACCGAGGCACACCAACUUGCAUUACUUGCAAAUGCAUCACUGCUAGCGGAUGAAUUACUCCCACGUGCUGCCAUGAAACUCGCUCCUCUUGAUCAGACAAGUCACAGGACAGACGACGUAAGGAGACCUUCAGACAGACAAAAUCGUAAUCCUGAACAACGUGAGUGGAAGAGACGUUUACUUAGUACUGUUGACAAGUUAAAAGAUGCGUUUUGUCGCCAGCAUGCCUUGGGUCUCAUUUUUACCGAGGAAGGAGAUAGCCGUUUGUCUGCAGAUUUGUACAUAAACAUGGAUGAAAAUGGUGAGGAUGUGGACUGGUUUCCAUCUCUGGUAUUUCAGGAACUUUUUGCCAAAUUUAACAGGAUGGCAAGUUUAGCAGCGGAUAUGUUUGUAGGAAGAGAAAGAUUUGCCACAUCUUUGUUGAUGCGAUUAAAAGAGACUGUGAUCUUAUGGCUUUCCGGAGACCAGAGCUUUUGGGAUGACAUUGAGAAAGGUCCUAGACCUUUGGGACCUCUUGGCCUCCGGCAGCUGUAUUUGGACAUGAAGUUUGUCACAUGCUUUGCAUCCCACGGUCGCUACCGAUCGAGGAAUUUGCACAGGGGAACUAAUGAGAUAAUAUCUAAAGCCUUAGCAGCUUUCACUGCAACGGGACUGGAUAGUGAGCUGCCAAAAGACGACUGGUUCACUGAAAUAUGUCUGGAUGGAAUGGAAAGAUUGAGUGGUAAAGCAAAAGGCAACAAUGGCGAAGUCCACAGCCCGACUGCCUCGGUAUCGGCUCAGUCUGUUUCAUCGGCGAGAUCUCAUGGCAGCUGUUGAACCAACCAACCCCCAUAUUAUAUUAUGUAUGUAAAGAAGCUUAGUGGUAAGAACUUUUGAUCUUCUCCUUUCAGCUCUGCUUUUCUUUUAUAGAAUCUCAAAUUAUUGAUGCAAGGGUGUGUAAAUGUGGUUGAGUUGAAUGUUUUCUUUUAUUGGUCCUUUCUUAUCUCUUGUUCUUUGGGUUGUCAAGUAAAGAGAAUGUUGAUCUUUAGUCACCAUGUUACGGAUUUGAUGUAGGAAAAUCUCUUUUCGUGAAACCGAAAGAUUAUUGUCACCAUUCUGAUUUACAGUCUUUGAUGAAGAUCUUGCUCACCCGGAA